AUGAUGGAAAACGCUACCACCGUGCAGACGCUCCUGGAGGUCGCGUCCAAGGACGUCGAUGGCUUCCCUGCCCUGACUGCAGCCUUUGCCAUUGGCACGCUUCUGCAUCUGUUUGCCUUCCGCCUGGGCGAAUGGGACCUGGCCACGGCCAAGAUCAUCCCCGGCUUUGUCCUGGCCUUUGUCGCCACUGCGGCCAGCAUCGCCUUUCUGCAGCAGGGCAGCGAGCUGAGCCUCGUCCUUGGCCAUCUCGCUGCCGCGUCCAAGACGGCGCUACAGCUUCUCGCCGGCGUGAUUGCCGGCACAUAUGCGAGCAUCCUCGUGUACCGCGUCUUCUUUCACCGGCUCAACCACUUUCCGGGUCCGUUUCCGGCCCGCAUCUCAAACCUUUGGAUCUCCAGCAAGAUCAUGCCCCGAAUGGAGCUGCACAAGGAUGUUCAGAUUCUGCAUCAGAAAUACGGUGACAUCGUUCGUCUGGGACCCACGGAGCUCUCGAUCAACAAUUCCAAGGCCAUUGAGAUCCUGCACGCCAAGCAUUCCACCUGCACCAAGGGCCCCUUUUACGGGCUGCAGCAGCCGAUGGAGUCGCUGCUGAUGGUCCGCAACAAGAAGGACCACGCUCGCCGCAGAAAGGUGUGGGACCGCGGCUUCAACGCCAAGGCCCUGCACGACUACGAGCCACGUGUGGCCAGAUACACGGACCAGCUGCUCGAGCAGAUCGACGCUCACGUCGGUCAGACCUUCAACCUGGCCGACUGGUUCAACUUUUACAGCUUCGACGUCAUGGGCGACCUCUCCUUCGGCAAGAGCUUCAACAUGCUCCAGCAUGGCGUGCGCCACUACUUUAUGAAGUCGCUGCACUCGGACAUGGACAACCUCGGCCUGUUCAGCCACUUGCUCUGGCUGUUCCCCAUCUUCAAGGCCACGCCGAUCCUCAACACCGAGCACCACCGCUUCUGGGCCUUUGUCAGGACCCAGGUGCACGAGCGAAUGGAGAACAAGCCAGACCAUCCCGACGUCCUCUCGUGGCUGAUUGACGAAUAUGAGUCUCUUGAGAAGCCGACGCGCCAAGACCUGCUCAACCUGUACGGGGAUGCAUAUCUGAUCAUCGUGGCUGGAAGUGACACAACUGCUGUGGCUCUGACCAGCAUGUUCUUCGAGCUGGCUUGCCACCCUGGAAUCGUCGAGAAGCUGCGGGAAGAGGUUGACGGAUAUUACCGCCAGCACGACAAGCCGGACCCAUUGUCCCUGGGCAAGCUCCCGUAUCUGCAGGCCUGUGUGGACGAGUCGUUGCGCCUGCACCCAGCCGUGCCGUCUGGCCUCCAACGUAUCACGCCUCCGGAAGGCGUGCAGAUUGAUGACAUCUUCAUCCCGGGCAACACCAUCGUCCAGGUCCCGACGUAUACUGCCUUCCGUGACGAGAGAAACUUUGCCAGCCCCAAUGACUUCAUCCCCGAACGCUGGACAACGCAGCCCGAGCUGGUCCGCGAUAUGUCGGCCUGGGUGCCAUUUUCAACAGGUCGGACCUCCUGCGUAGGCAAGCAGCUCGGACUCAUGGAGAUCCGCUAUGUGGCCAGCCAGAUUGUCCGCAAGUACGACUUUUCUUUUGCACCUGGACAGACGAAGGAAGCCUUUAUAAACGGCCAGAAGGAUGCCUUCAUUCUGUCUCUACCGGCCCUCAAUGUGGUCCUUACUCGGAGGAAGUAG